AUGAAUCCCAAGAUAGCUGAUUUUGGUUUGGCUAGAAUUUUCAAACAGAACGAGACGGAGGCAGUGACUCGCAGGGUUGUAGGAACAUAUGGUUACAUGGCUCCCGAGUUCGCCAUGGAAGGCGCAUUCUCAAUCAAGUCUGAUGUCUUCAGUUUUGGAGUCUUAAUGCUUGAAAUUGCAUGGGAAUUAUGGAAGGAAGGGUGUGCAUUGGAAUUGAAGGAUCCAGCUCUUGGAGAUGUGUGUGACACUAAACUGUUAUUACGAGUUAUUCAUGUCGGACUAUUAUGUGUACAAGAAGGUGCAGCAGAUAGGCCAACAAUGUCUGAUAUUAUCUCAAUGCUUGGUAAUGAAAGUAUGGCAAUGCCUCCUGCGAAACAACCAGCAUUUUUCACAGGAAGAAAUGAAGCUGAAUCAAAUUCAUCUGCAGAACAAUGUUCGGAGGUAAAAAUUGGUGAGGGUAUCACCAAUGCAGUGGGUUCAGUCCUAGUGACUGCAUCAUACUCAGGCUUCGCAUUUGUGAAACCUGGAACGCAAAUGCAAGCAAUGUGUCGCAAAUGCGAGAAGUGGCAUGGGCUGCCUUGGGUCGCAAAUGCGACGACUUUAUCGCAAAUGAGAAAGUCCCUUCGCAAAUGCGAGAAUAGCAGACUUCUGG